UGUCUCCGUAAAUGGGGCUAUCGUCGUUGUGAGGACAUAUGCUGGAUUAAGACAAAUCGAGGUCACCGAGUCUCAGGCUCUGUGGCUUCUAGCGACAAUGGUAUUCUCACUACUGGUCAGCCAGGUCCAUCCUUGCCUGGCGGCAAGGGGGUCUCCUCAGAAACAAUUAACAAUAUUUCGGCAGAAUCAAUUUCCAUGAGUGGUGUGAGCAGACGAGGCCAGCAACGACAAUUGGAGCCUGGUGCUGUUUUCCAGCGUACUAAGGAACAUUGCCUAAUGGGAAUAAAGGGUACUGUAAGAAGGUCUACAGACGGCGAUUUCAUCCACGCUAACAUCGACAUUGAUCUUAUAAUUGAGGAGGGUGAUGGCUCUGUUAGCGGUGGAUCUGAUGUCUCUGGAGGAGCCUGCGGGGGCUCAGGUGUCCCGGAUAUAAAAGCCAGAGGCAUUGCUGGUUGCGGUGGGACUGGAGAAACCCUAGGCUUAGGUGGCUCACGCGAGAAGCCUACGGAGAUAUUCCAUAUAAUAGAGCAUUUCUGCUUGGGUCGGCGACGCUUACAUAUUUUCGGGCGAGAUAGCACUCUCCGAUCCGUGAGUUAA